GCCAUUUGAGUAUGUGUGUGAGCUGAGAUGCCUAUGAUGCCUGACAAUGCUGUCUAAGUAGGCAGCUCAAUGAGUGUUAUGACAGAACCAUCACAUGCUUGACGUUGGCAUAUGCAGUGUGUUAGUGAUGGGUGGAGAAAGGACCGUUUGCAGUCCAGUUGAUUCAGUGUGUUGAAGAGUGUGUUGUGCAUGUACAGCUGAGAGCAGAGGGCAUCUACACCACAUAGAGAUGGCAGCCCUUCAGUAAGAUGUUGGAAGCGACUCUAAUUGACAGAAAUCAUCACCUUCACUGUAAUCCCACAAGACUGACCUGGACUGUUAAAUGCCCUCUCAAUACAAAGGGCUAAAAUGUUUGUGGUCUCCUUGCCAAGAUGUCUACAGAUCUGUGUGUCUUUGGUAAUGGUGUCCAGACUACAAGGCAGGGUCUCAGCUCCAGCACGUCUGGAAGCCAUGGUUGAACAGCCCUUUACUCUGAGCUGUACGCUUGUCAAGGCUAAAGGAGAAUCAGUUCAUCAGAUCCGCUGGCUGGAUGUGCAGAACCAGACGUUAAUCACUUACCAGCCUGGUCAACAAGACAGCGUGAGCGGUCAACAGCAUGUGGAGCUAGCGGCCUCUCCACGAGAUGCCAGCGCUAUCACUAUCAAACGUGUCAGCUACAGGGAUGAAGGUUGUUACACUUGCAUCUUUGAUGUUUAUCCCAGAGGCUCAAGGGAAGGACAGACCUGCCUUACUGUUACAACAACAGUGAUCUCAGAGGGCAAUAAGACUGCAGUGGGUGGUAAACAAGCCUCUCUUGCCUGUCGGUAUGCCCUGCCAGAGAAAGUCAAGCAGGUGUUGUGGAAGAAGAUUGUGAAUAAAGCAGAAUCCCGUGACAUUGCAUUUUUUGCAAAGCAAAGUGACCCUGUAAUUGAAGAAGAUUUUGUAGACCGUGCGAGCUUGAACCCUUCGCUGUCUGACACAGAGCUCACUUUAUGGCCGGUCCGAGCUGAAGAUGAGGCCUGCUACACCUGUGAGUUCCACACGUACCCAGAUGGCAUUAAGAGUGCCACAAGUUGCCUUACUAUUUUUGUCCUGCCCAAACCUCAAGUAAGUUACAAGACCGCAUCUCCCGGAGUGAUUGAGGCUAACUGUACUGCCGUCGCCCGGCCACAGGCUGAAAUAGUAUGGAAUGUCGAGGGGAAUGACCGGACCAUUGGUUCACCUGUGACCACCACUAUCCAGCAGAGUGACGGGACGACUCUGGUCAUCAGUACAUUGACCAUCCAGGCUGGACUCCUGAAGGAUGUCUCUGUCAAAUGUCUCGUUCAUCAUAAAGGACUGGAGACUGCCAUUGCUGUUUCCAUGAACACUAAAAUUGGCACGGCACUUACUAUCCUGAUCUCUGUGACUACAGUUGCGUUCCUUCUGGUCCUGUGCCUCUGUUUCUGUUUGUGGAAGUGUGUCCUGCGUAAGGAUGAGCCUGAAGAGCAUCAAUUACAGAGAAGAGGCCGAGAAGACAGACAAACAGACAGUUGAAUAGUGAAUCAUUUCGAUCGUGGUUGAGGGAUAUGCUGAGACACCUGUGAAGACGAAAAUCUCCUGUCACCACGUUACCUGCUUUUCCAGCCAAAGAAAACCUGUGACACAUCUCUACUUGAGGAAAGAUUCUACAUUCUGAACAAUAUGUAAAUCUAUCACUAAUAUAAAUAUUGCAGUAGAUGGCAUUUUAUCUUGGCACAGGAGGUAAAUUAAUUAAGUUAAUAUUUGCCAUGGUGUAAUGCAUCUGUGAAAUAAAAAAAAAAACUCUUGAAUUCUCUGAAAAAAAAUAGUUAUCCACUCAAAUAAAGUAUAAGUAUAACUUUCUUGUUUAUUUUUAUUAAUCAUAAAAGUGGUCACUGCAGUGCCAAAUAACAACUGUCCCCUCUCUUUUGAUCUGGUCCAGUUCCACCUCUGUGGACCUAAUGGGUGGGGCUCAACCUAAUUAGAUUUCGGGGUAGGGUAAAGGCUGGUUCACACUGUGUGAUUUUGGCCACGAUUUGGUCGUCCGAGACAAAUUUUGCAAAUCCUAAAAGAUUCCUAUAAUCCUAGACUAAAAUCUGUAGUCUUUGAUCGCUAGUUUGACAUGUUCACCGACAGCCGGUUAAUGACCGCUGCAAUCAAAUUCUGGCAGUGUCAGAAGAUUUGGUGCACAACCCUGCAUUGUGACAUCUACGAGGAACGUCAGAUUGUCUUCGUUUUUCAAGACAAGCCGUGUUUAAAAUUAAUGAUAGAGAUGUCUUUUUUAGCCACCAUUUUAGUCCUACAUGUAAUGUAGCUCACAGUCACCGAACGUGUAUGAGUUGAUGAAGUAAAACUCUGACAAGUUUUCAUGCGCACGUCCGUUUUUAACGCGUCUUGACUGUCGUACAGUCUGACAUAAAUGACAGCUGAAAUCCCACAGUGUGACAUGAGGAUCAUGUUCGUAUAGUCUGACAAGUAACAAUACUAAAGGACUGUUAUAAAUUGCACAGUGUGAACCAGCCUUAAGGUUAGGGUUAGGGAGUGGCUGAACGUCAAGCUCCACUCAUUAGUUCUGCAGUGAGCAGCCAUUCAGUUAAACGGUAUCAUGAAUUACAUUCUCUCAGGUCUGAUUCUCAUCCAUGAUUCUCAGGUCUGUAUGUUUAAAUUAAAUAAUAAUUGUGAUUUUGAUUUUAAUUUCAGUCAGUCGUGUAGCCCUAGAUUAACCUCACACAAACACAAAACAAAUUCUCACUUCAAACACGCUGCUCUGUCUCACAUGCUAAACUGUGUCAUACAGAAGCUACUGUGAUAAAUUUAUUCAUCGCACAGACCAUUUUUUUUUUUUUCGUAGCACAUGCAACUUAAAGGUGCUAAAGAGGAUGUUUUGUUUUAUACAUUUUUGCAAUAUUACUUGAAACUGUAUUUACUAACUGAUAAAAGACUA